GUGCGAAAGAACAACACUUGGCGUCGCUAAUGCUUACUGGAGGUGUGAAGACAUAGGAAUGCUGAAUAUGCCGAAAGUCAUUGAGAGACAAGACACGCACAUGAGAAGGACUCACCCAGACCUUUACGCAAAGCAGCUGAUGAAGAACAAUACCCGCUUCAUAUGUUAUAAGUGUGACAGGGACUUUGCCUCACCUGAGGAGCUCAGCGUGCACCAGGCCACCCACCGCAUCGAUGAGCUCCCCGUCUGCUCUUUCUGCAACACAAAAUUUGACACCUUCACAAAGCUGAUCAAACACAAACGACACGACUGUCCUGACAGAGAAUGGCACUGUCGAGACUGCCACCCUACGGUCCGCUGCGUCAACCUCUUACAGUUUCACCUUCAUUGCAUCAAGGUGCACGACAAGGACGCAACGGAGACCGGCAGGCACCGUUGCAUGACAUGCUUUGGCUGUUUUCACACCCGGCAAGCGCUCUUGAACCACCAAUGGCGGAUCAACAAAGCUGCGAAGAAGCCCGUAAGGAAACGUGACCCGGAGGCAAACACUCAAAAGUACAGCAAGAGGGUGAGAAGAACAGAUGCUCUAUCGCCGGAACGCAAGAUCCCUUGUUCGGAGGAAGGUUGUGACCUGGUAUUCCCGUCUGUUGACGCCCUGAGGAUGCACAAAAAGAACCAGCACGGUCCUCACUUAUCUUGCAAGAAGCAUUGAUGCUGUAACAGAACACAUGACCAUUGAAAUAUUUACAAUUUCUGGUCACUCUCAUGUCAUGUGACUUUGCUUCAGACUUUAUUGAUUCAUGAUGGAAGUCAUGUUACCCCUGUGUGUUGUUUUUUAAAGUCAUGCUGUACAGUCACCACCUAGAAAAUAUUUAGCUUGGCAAAUCCACCAUUUCUGCUACCCUGCUUGCUAGCACAGUUUAGCGUCAAACGUGGUUUGCAAUCGCAAGGAAAUCAGCAAAGAAACAUUUUAAUUCCAACAAAUGCUUACCUAAUACAUGUAAUACAUUUUAUUUUAUAUGCAUAGAUUGCAAAUCUAAUUGUACUUUAGUUUUUUUUUAAAGUCUAGUGUUUCUGUGUACUAUUCUUUUUUCAAAAUAAACAAUGUGCAACACACAGAA